GACGGCUCUUCUCGGGGUGAUCUCCUGUAUAGUGAUCAGGUGAAGCUUACUGAGAUGCAGAAUGCAAUGAGCAGACAUGCAGCAGCAGACACAGGACUUGUUUGUCUAGCAGAUGAGCUGCUUGCUAGCUUGCUGUGUGCUGUGUGCCUGGGCUGUGUAGGAAGUGGAACAAGACUUGCUUUCUUCUGCUUUUCAGUUUUUUUUUGUGAGAAAAUCAGCUGCAGGAACACAAGGCCCAAGAUGUUUUGCUUGACCUCAAAUGUCCUGCAGCAAAGUUCAAUGGGAGUAAAGUUUUUCAGUUGUGUAUAAAGCUCCUUGAGGUCUGUUGUUGGGGCUGCGUUCCAGGAUCCCUCCUCUCGGAUUAGCUGUCAGCAUGGCGGCAAGCAGAAAUCACCCUGCUAUACGCAGAGUGGCAGUAUUUGGGGGCACCCAUGGAAAUGAGUUAUCCGGAGUCUUCCUAGUUAAACACUGGUUAAAACAUGGAGGGGAAAUUGCCAGACCGGGCAUGGAGGUGAGACCAUUUAUUACCAACCCAAAAGCUGUGGAGAAAUGUGUUAGAUAUAUUGACACUGACCUGAACCGAGUUUUUGACAGUCAAAGUCUUAGCAAUGAUCAUGCAGGAAAAGUACCAUAUGAAAUAGAACAAGCACAAAAUAUCAACUACAUAUUUGGUCCAAAAGGGAGUAGAGAUGCUUACGAUGUAAUACUCGACCUGCACAACACCACUGCACACAUGGGGGCGACACUGAUCCUCGAGAAUUCUAGAGAUGUUUUCACUAUACAUAUGUGCAAAUACAUUCAGAAGUCCAUGGCUCCUGAACCUUGUGCUGUGUUGUUAAUUGAACACCCUGAUGUAAAAUAUGCAACAACUCGCUCUAUAGCAAAGCAUUCAAUUGGUGUGGAGGUUGGACCUCAACCACAUGGUGUGAUUCGAGCAGAUAUUCUACAUAAAAUGAGGAACGUAGUAAAGUAUGCAGUCGACUUCAUGCAGUAUUUUAAUGAAGGGACAGAGUUUCCACCCUGCAGUAUAGAAGUGUACAAAGUACUGGAAAAGAUAGACUAUCCAAGGAAUGACAGUGGUGACCUUGCUGGAAUUAUUCAUCCAAACCUCCAGGAUCAAGACUGGAAACCACUGAAUCCUGGUGACCCCAUGUUUAUUACAAUGGAUGGAAAAGUUACCUGCUACGAAGGGGAAAAUACAGUUUAUCCAACAUUUGUGAAUGAGGCAGCAUAUUAUGAAAAAGGUCAAGCUUUUGCCAAAACUGAGAAAGUGACACUCACUGCACAGUCAAUUCAUUGUAACUCUAUAUAAGAACAAGUCAUUCAAGUCCUAUUAUGCUAUUAUCUUGGUGCUUAAAGAAAACCUGAAGAGUUUUUUAUUUUUUUGUUUCUUUUAUACAAAUUAUGAACGUCCUGAAUCCUGGGAGCAGAAUUUAGAUGAAAGAUCCUGGAAUUUGUAGUGGACUCAUCAAAUUCCAGUGCGGUGGGCCAUGCACUUCUGUCUCUUUUGUUACCGGAUUGAGGUUGCACUUUGCAAGACAGCUGAUUUUUACUGAAAGGCAAACCUUACUCCAUACAUUGACCAUGGACUAUUGGUAGUGUUCUCACCAUUUGCUGCUUUUUUAUCAGUUGUUCUGUCACUUUUGCAAUACAGCAGUAAUAAAAAUGUUACCUAUGUUAUAAAAGGGCAGAGAC